UUUCCCCCUCCACGUGGGCUACUUGCUCCUGUUUGAUAUUUUCCCCAUUCCCCACUUUCUCUCUCUUUCUUCCUCUCUUUCCCUUGUAUUUUAAGCACCCUCCUCCUCCCUCCGUCCCAAGCUCUACUCCAAACCCUCUCCCUCUCUCUCCCAUCCCUGUAUGGCGGCAGACUCUUCUGCCUCCUAUAUCCGCAUGGUUCAGCAUCUCAUUGAGAAAUGUUUGCUAUUCCACAUGACCCUGGAAGAAUGCGAAGAGGCCCUCUCUAAACACGCCAAUAUCAAACCCGUGAUCACCUCCACUGUGUGGAAGGAGUUAGAGAAAGAGAACAAGAGUUUUUUCGAGGCUUAUUCACAGGAGAGAGAGGAGAGGCGUUCAAAGGAAGAGAUACGCCAAAUGUUCUCUCAUUCUACUCUCCAAGAUUCUCCUCAUGCCUAAGUAACAACCACCACCACCCCUUCUUUCUCUCUCUCUCUCUCCUAAAUUAUGACCUGAGUUGUGAAAAUGACGUCCUUCUCUGUACACUCUCUCCUAAAUUAUGACCUAAAUUGUGAAAAUGACGUUCAAAAGGACGGAAUAAUUGGCUCGUCUCUCUUUCUCUCUCUAAAUGAAGAGCGGUCCCGUUUAGAGAGAGAAAGCUCAUUGUGGGGUUAUAUACGCAAUGAGGACCUGUAAAAGUAUGAGAAAGAUACGGAGGCAUUUGUCGUUGAGGAGGGUAAAAUGGAAAUGCCAAAGUGGGUCUGAGGCGAUGCUUCGAAUACACGACGAACAGGUGGCAGUUCGGGGCUGUUGACACGUGGCAGCCGACCCGCGUGACAAGAUGCCGUUUGAUUCCUCUUUGUUACGACACGUGUCGUAUGUGUACACCUGUCAUCUUCAUGCUAUUUUCGUCUACUUUUUGUGAAAUAUUAUUAAGUUUAUGAAAUUAAUUGUUACGUAAUUUA